CUCAAACGGUUCGGUCGUGGUUGUACGCAGAGUUUCGGUUCCCGGUGAAGUAUUUCGCACAAAGUUGUUCCUCGGUUAGCUGACGGUAGCGGGGUACAACCGGGGAGAGGUGUUUGUUGCUUUUUGUUCAACUUCUGCUGCCUUUGCCUGGUACUUUGCUUUUCAAUCGAACACACACGUAAAUGUGCUUCAGCCAGAGCAGCACACGCCGAAGCGACAGAAGAAGCUUUUCUGUGUGAGGUGAGGUUCUUUCGGAAGUGCCUAGAAGCUGGAAUAAAUUUGAUAGUGAUUAGUGCCCAGUUGGCAUCUACUUGGUGGAAUUGAAUAUGGAAUAUGCGGGAAUCUGACCACCAGUAUGAGUGAAUCGAUCGAAUAGAGAGAAUCGGAGAAGAAAACGACAACAGCAGCAAACACAUUGUGAAAGUAUUGAAGAUCACAGGAAGAACAAAAUCAGGAUUUCCUAGAGUUGAAGAAGUGAUUUGCUAAAAUUGUGCUCUGUGGAAAGUGUUUUGUUUUUGUUGUAAAUAGUUUUUGUGCUUGUUAGUGGAGAGAAGAGCCACACACUGAUAGAGUGUCCCCGAUUCGAGAAGAGCGAAGAUUCAGUUCAGUAACAAAAAACAAGCAUCGUUUGCAUCGCGUUUUACUUCGUGCAGUGUCUGUGUCUCCCAACCGGGAGGGGAAACCGAAGGUGAACAAGGUCAGGAUCAUCUGACUAUCAUCGUGCAGCUGGGGCUAAUUGGUGAAGUUGUGCGUGCGAAUUGGAUACUUCGAUGAUAGUAUUUCUGAAUCUGCGGGAAUCUGACCACCAGUAUGAGUGAAUCGAUCGAAUAGAGAGAAUCGGAGAAGAAAACGACAACAGCAGCAAACACAUUGUGAAAGUAUUGAAGAUCACAGGAAGAACAAAAUCAGGAUUUCCUAGAGUUGAAGAAGUGAUUUGCUAAAAUUGUGCUCUGUGGAAAGUGUUUUGUUUUUGUUGUAAAUAGUUUUUGUGCUUGUUAGUGGAGAGAAGAGCCACACACUGAUAGAGUGUCCCCGAUUCGAGAAGAGCGAAGAUUCAGUUCAGUAACAAAAAACAAGCAUCGUUUGCAUCGCGUUUUACUUCGUGCAGUGUCUGUGUCUCCCAACCGGGAGGGGAAACCGAAGGUGAACAAGGUCAGGAUCAUCUGACUAUCAUCGUGCAGCUGGGGCUAAUUGGUGAAGUUGUGCGUGCGAAUUGGAUACUUCGAUGAUAGUAUUUCUGAAUCUGAUGCAACGUGGUUGAAUGUGCCACUUGAAGAUAUGCCAUUUAGCAAAUUUGUUCCGAACGAUUUCUGAUGUCGAUGCCGAUGCCGAUCGUUUGAGGUCAAACUGAUUGAAUCGAGAAUCAUUGAGUGAAUAUUGCAUGCCCAGUCCCGAACGAAGGCGGGAUUUGUGAUGUAGGUUAAGGUCCGUGUAUUUUUGUUCACUGUAUUUAUGUGUGUAGAAGCGCAUCCGCGCAUCCAAAAUGGUAGAUAGUUCAAUGGGAUCGGUUAGUUUCCUCCAUCUGGGGGACAUCGUUUCCUUGUACUCGGAGGGAAAUGUUUGUGGUUUUCUCAGCACUUUGGGAUUGGUUGAUGAUCGUACCGUUGUUUGUCCGGCUGCGGGGGAUUUAAAUGAUCCACCGGAGAAAUUUCGCGAUUGCCUAAUCAAAAUAUGUCCUAUGAACCGGUAUUCGGCCCAGAAGCAGUUCUGGAAAGCUGCCAAACAAAGCACAUCGGCCAACACGGACACCAACCUACUGAAGCGGUUGCAUGCUUUAAAGCUUUUUAUUGAUAUAUCCGAUACGCAGUCUAACAUACGCUUGCAUGCCGCUGAGAUCGAGAAGAAGCAAAAUGAAUCCGAGAACAAGAAGCUUCUCGGUACGGUUGUCCAGUACGGCAGCGUUGUUCAGUUGCUUCACCUGAAAUCGAACAAGUAUGUGACGGUGAAUAUUAGGCUUCCGGCUUUGCUGGAGAAAAAUGCCAUGCGAGUGUACCUGGAUGCCAACGGUAACGAAGGUUCCUGGUUCUACAUUAUGCCGUUCUACAAACUGCGUUCCGCCGGUGAUAAUGUGGUUGUGAACGAUAAGGUCAUUCUGAAACCGGUCAACGCAAACCGGCAGAAUCUGCAUGUGGCAGCUAACUAUGAGUUGCUGGACAAUCCGGGCUGUAAGGAGGUUAACGUGCUUAAUUCGUCUACGUCGUGGAAGAUUACGUUGUUCAUGGAACAUCGCGAGAAUCAAGAGGACGUUCUGAAGGGUGGAGACGUAGUCCGGUUGUUUCAUGCCGAGCAGGAAAAGUUUUUGACGAUGGAUGAGUACAAAAAGCAGCAGCAUGUUUUUCUACGGACAACCGGAAGAACGAGUGCAACCGCCGCAACCAGCAGUAAGGCACUAUGGGAAAUUGAAGUCGUUCAGCAUGACUCGUGUCGAGGAGGUGCCGGACACUGGAAUUCACUGUUCCGGUUCAAACAUUUGGCUACCGGUUACUACUUGGCAGCCGAACUCGACGAUGACAUAUCCCGCACGGAAAAGUCAAGCAACUCUAGUCAUCCUCAGGGCGAUUCCUUCCGGUUGGUUUCCGUACCACACUCGACGGAUAUUGCUUCCGUAUUCGAGCUUGAUUCUACCACAAUCACGCGACCCGAAGGAUUAGUGCCACAGAAUAGCUACGUGCGAAUGCGACAUCUCUGCUCGAAUACGUGGGUCCAUGCUACUUCGUCUCCCAUCGAUGUAGAUGAAGACAAACCGGUGAUGUCGAAAGUUGGUUGUUCGGCUAUCAAGGAAGAUAAGGAAGCUUUCCAACUGAUUCCCGUAUCCCCGGUGGAAGUUCGAGACCUUGAUUUUGCCAACGACGCAUGCAAACUACUGUCGGCUAUGAGUACGAAACUGGAAAAUGGAACCAUAUCUCCUAAUGAACGACGAUCACUGAUCGCGCUACUUCAGGACAUAGUGUUCUUCAUAGCCGGCCAAGAAAACGAACAAAACAAAAGUGAUGCUCUGGAUUUAACGAUCAACAAUCCAAACCGCGAUCGACAGAAGCUGCUUCGCGAGCAGUACAUCCUGAAGCAAUUGUUCAAGAUUUUGCAAGGUCCUUUCCAGGAAACUAAGAAUAGCGAUGGUCCCUUUCUGAAAAUUGACGAACUUAGUGAUCCGAAGAAUACGCCGUUCAAAAACAUUUUCCGGCUUUGCUAUCGAAUAUUAAAGCUUAGCCAAUCGGAUUAUCGAAAAAAUCAAGAGUACAUUGCCAAACAUUUUGGAUUGAUGCAAAAACAGAUUGGCUACGAUAUCCUCGCAGAAGAUACCAUCACAGCAUUGCUGCAUAACAACCGUAAGCUGCUCGAGAAACACAUCACCGCAGCGGAAAUCGAAACCUUCGUGGGGCUCGUACGUAAAAACAUGAACAACUGGCAAUCCCGCUUCCUGGACUAUCUCUCCGACCUGUGCGUGUCGAACAAGAAAGCAAUCGCCGUAACACAGGAGCUUAUCUGCAAAAGUGUCCUGAGUGCCAAAAAUGCAGAUAUCCUAAUAGAAACCUUUCUGCGCGAAGUGGAUGACGAUCGGUUGGGAUAUCUUACGGAUCUGGAACGGGGCAAUCAUCAGUUCACUGAAAUCCGAGAGGUUGAUGAGUCUCCUGAGAACGAGCUAGAACGGGACAAAAGUACAUCGAGAACACCCGCUGCUAGUCCGCGAAAACUCGAUGACAAGAAGCGCUACGAAGUGGUCCUGAUGUGGCAGAAUCGAACGCAAUCGAAAUCCAUGAGCCGGCUUGCUCAGGGGCUGAAAAUUGGCAGAACCAAUGACAUCAACAUUCUGGACUACUACCGGCACCAGUUGAAUCUAUUCUCCAACAUGUGUCUCAACCGGCAGUACCUGGCGCUGAACAACCUCUCCCCCCAUCUGGAUAUCGAUUUAAUCCUUCGAUGUAUGUCGGACAAAACGGUUCCGUAUGAUUUGCGGGCAUCGUUCUGUCGGCUAAUGCUACACCUACACGUGGAUCGCGACCCACAGGAACAGGUUACACCUGUUAAAUAUGCAAGACUGUGGUCGGAAAUUCCAUCCGUGAUGUCCAUCAACGACUACGACGUCGAGAAGCAACCGGACUGCAACAAGGAAGCCGUCAGGGCUCGUUUCAACAAAACGAUUGCCUUCGUGGAGGACUACCUGUGCAAUAAUGUGGUAUCGAAGAUGUGGUUCGCAGACCAAGACCAGAACAAGCUAACCUUCGAGGUGGUGAAACUGGCACGGGACCUAAUCUAUUUUGGAUUCUACAGCUUCAGUGAUUUACUCCGGUUGACGAAAACGUUGCUCAACAUUUUGGACUGCGUGUCGAACAGUGAAAACGACCGGCGAGGACUACCGACCGGGCAUAUUGACUCAGCUACCGAAGAAAGCUCGUUACAUCGUAAGGAAUCUGGCACAAGCGAACCUAUGCCAAAAAAGUUUAACCGGUCCGACUCAACCGUGGCUGUUUUGGCUGCGGUAGAAGCUAGCAAAGCAAAGGACCGCUCCGAUAGUAUCGCAGAAGCAAGUGGCAGCGAAAACCGUAUCAUGACUCUGCGGAGCUUGAUGGAAAGGUUGAACGCACCGCCAACCGAAGCCGAAGGUGGUGUUUUACGACGCAUCGGUGACAUGGGAGCCGUCAUGACAUCUCUAACACUAGGCCCGAUAUCGACAGCCAUCGUAUCACCCAAUAUUCAGCAACGGAAAUCGGUGUCCCACUACAUGAGAGAGUAUCCGCUGGUGAUGGACACUAAACUGAAAAUCAUCGAAAUCCUACAGUUCAUCCUCGAUGUACGUCUCGAUUAUCGAAUCAGUUGUUUGCUGUCGAUUUUCAAACGGGAGUUUGAUGAAAACGAACACACCUCCAGUGCUCAAAAUCAACCGGUUCCACCUAGUACUGUGCCACCGCCUUCCGUAGUGCCACCGGUUCCGUCCGUUAUCACACCAACCGAUAGUAUGUGCUCUGAACCCAGUACGGACACUGCCUCGAUAACAUCGACUAGUACGGCGGAAACCAUUGUGGAAUCGUCUGCCGAGGAACAGCAGAAACCUACACCAACGACGCCAAAUUCGGAGCCGAAACCGGAGGUGAAGUCCGAUUCGAAAAUGGGACCAGCAACGGCCGAAAAUAUAAAUCUAAAGCAGAAAAACAUCGACCUGGAGUCAAUUGGUCACCAGGCGGAAGGAAUUUUCGGUUGCAACGAAGACACCUACAAUCCAUUGGACUUGGACGGCCAAGGUGGCAGGACUUUCCUACGGGUUCUGCUACAUUUGAUUAUGCAUGAGUAUCCCUCGCUGGUGUCUGGUGCCCUUCACCUGCUGUUCCGACACUUCAGUCAACGGCAUGAGGUUUUGCAUGCGUUCCGGCAAGUGCAGCUGCUGGUAUCCGACAGCGAUGUCGAAUCCUACAAGCAGAUAAAAUCGGACCUUGAUGUUUUGCGACAAAGCGUGGAAAAGUCGGAACUGUGGGUAUACAAAUCGAAACAAUCGGAUGAGCUACAGCAGACCGGUGGGGACACCGGAGGCGAUGGCGGCGAAGGUUCGAAAGCGGAGAAAGGUGGCACUUCGUCCGGUACGAAGACAAAACCGCAACUAGUCAAAAAUGAAUCUCAGCUCAACUUUGAUCAAGGACCUGAAUUGAACCCGGAGCAGGCACUGGAGUAUAAGAAGAUUCAACAGAUUCUCAUUAGAAUGAACAAAUUGUGCAUCACUGCAGGACCUGGUGAUGUCAUCAAACCAAGAAAACAUGAACAACGGUUACUGCGAAACGUUGGAGUGCACACCGUAGUUCUGGAUCUGCUCCAAAUACCGUACGACGAAAAAGAUGACUAUCGGAUGAACGAGUUGAUGCGGUUGGCACACGAAUUUCUGCAGAACUUCUGUUUAGGGAACCAACAGAAUCAAAUCCUACUGCACAAGCAGCUGGAUUUGUUCCUCAAUCCUGGGAUUCUGGAAGCCGAAACGGUGUGCGCCAUCUUUAAGGAUAAUCUUAACCUGUGCAAUGAAGUCAGUGACAAAGUUGUUCAGCACUUUGUUCACUGCGUUGAGAUCCAUGGACGACAUGUUGAGUAUCUCAAGUUCCUACAAACGAUUAUCAAAGCUGAAAAUCAAUUUAUUCGCAAGUGCCAAGACAUGGUUAUGCAGGAGUUGGUUAAUGCGGGAGAAGAGGUGCUGAUUUUUUACAACGACAAAUCAUCAUUCAAUUAUUUCGUUGAGUUGAUGAGAACCUACAGCAAUGGCGAACUCAGUGAUCCCAGUCCGUUGAUGUAUCACAUCGAGUUGGUUAAACUGCUCGCGUGCUGCACUAUGGGCAAAAAUGUCUACACCGAGAUCAAGUGCAACAGUUUGCUGGCCCUGGAUGAUAUUGUGGCUAUGAUUUCGCACCCGGAUUGUAUACCGGAAGUGAAAGUAGCCUACGUCGAUUUCCUGUGCCAUUGUUAUAUCGAUACGGAGGUUGAAGUAAAAGAAAUUUAUUCGUCCAAUCAUAUGUGGUGUCUGUUUGAGAAAUCGUUUCUAAUCGACAUCAACAAUGUGGUCAAAGGCGGCACUUUCACAAAUCGACCAUUGGAGAAUUACGUUUGCAACGAAAUUAUGAACAUUCUAACAACGUUCUUCAACAGUCAGUUCUCGGAUCAGAGCACGGCACUACAGAAACGCCAGCUGAUCUUCGUGAAAAUUCUGCAAUCUUCCUUCAAACUGACACAGUGCAAAUGGCUUACACCUUCGCAGCGCUUUAACGUGGAAAACUGCAUCCGGACCCUUUCGGAAAAAGCUAAACCUCGUGGAAUUGCCAUUCCAAUCGAUUUGGAAAACCAGGUGGUUAAAAUGUUCAACAAAACGGCCUUGCUCUCCCGACAAACCAGCAAAUGGCUGCUGGCCACGAAGCAAACGAAAAUCGAACGAUCUCAGUCGCAAAUCAUGCGUAUGGAUAGAAGCAUCAUCGAGGGGCUGCAGGAUAUUGUCUCUCUGCUCGAGGAUAAACUAAAACCGUUGGUGGAAGCGGAACAGUCCUUACUAGUAGAUAUUUUGUACCGAUCGGAGCUGCUAUUUCCGCUCAAUACGGAAUCGAGAAAGAAAUGUGAGACGGGCGAAUUCAUACAACAUUUGAUUAAACACACGGAGAAGUUGUUGGAAGAAAAAGAGGAAAAAUUGUGUGUGAAGAUUUUGAAAACACUCAAAGAAAUGAUGACAAUCGAUUGUGAUUAUGGAGACAAAGGAGAUCAUUUGAGAAAUAUGCUUUUGAAGCGAUAUUUCGGUCAUGACUUUUCGCAGCCUUCGCUACCGGGAAGUGUGCAUGGCGAGAUCCCGAAAACGGCUUUCCAGCACGUACCACAUCCGGCAACAGGUAGCGCUCCAACUGCUACGGUUUCCCAUGGGCCAGGAGCCAAAUAUUUACAUCGUGCGGGACGGACAUUACACGAGGUUCAGAAUGAUUUAGACAAGGAAGGAGCGAGUGAUUUGGUGAUUGAACUGGUGAUUAAAUCCAUCAAUUCGCCUUCAAUAUUCGUAGAGGCGAUCGAAUUGGGGAUCGCGCUGCUGGAAGGGGGAAAUCCCAUUAUCCAGAAAGACAUGUACAAUAAAUUCCUGAGUAACGAUUUGAGCCAAUCAUUUUUCAAGGUGUUUUUCGACAAAAUGAAAGACGCUCAACAGGAAAUCAAAUCGACCGUCUCGGUAAACACGUCCGACAUGGCUGCUAGUAAGGUGAAUGAAAGUAAAUCGGAUGGUAAGGAUUUCGAUAAAAUCCAACGGAAGAAUGUUAAUAAAGUGAACGGCAUUGUCAUCACCGAUGAGUUCAAAGAAGAACUUCAGAACGCGGCAUUGAUGACGCAGCAGUCAUAUUUGAAUGCUAAAAAUCUAGCAACCGUUUCCGAUGGUACCAACAGUGAGAACGGCGAUGAGAAUGCCCUCAUGAGUAUCGGAUCUUCGGCUUUAGAAGAUAUACUCGCCGAAAAGCUUGAGAAGCAUAAAGAUAAAGAUGAGAAUAACAAGCUAUCGAACAAAGUGCUUGUGAUGCAACCUAUUCUUCGUUUCCUACAGCUUCUAUGCGAGAAUCACAAUCCGGAAUUGCAGAAUCUAUUACGUAAUCAGAACAACAAAACAAACUAUAAUCUCGUGUCGGAGACACUAAUGUUCCUUGAUUGCAUUUGCGGAUCGACUACGGGAGGGCUUGGGCUGUUGGGGUUAUACAUUAAUGAAAAUAACGUUUCCUUGAUCAAUCAAACUUUGGAAACUCUGACUGAAUACUGCCAAGGCCCGUGUCAUGACAAUCAGAACUGUAUAGCAACACACGAAUCGAAUGGACUGGAUAUUAUCACUGCAUUGAUCCUGAAUGACAUCAACCCAUUGGGGAAGAAUCGAAUGGAUCUAGUUUUAGAGCUUAAGAAUAACGCAUCGAAAUUACUUCUAGCCAUAAUGGAAUCCAGAGGUGACACGGAAAACGCCGAACGUAUAUUAGCAAACAUGAAUCCGAAACAGUUGAUAGAAGUAGCAUGUCGAGCUUACCAUCAGGAUGAAAACAUUCUGCUACUACUUAAUCAAGGCGAUGGAAACACCGACGACAAUUACAACGCGAAACAUGAGCUGGGCGAUGAUCAGAAUGAUGACGAUGACGUUGGAGUUUCUCCCAAGGAAGUUGGGCAUAACAUCUAUAUUCUGUGUCAUCAGUUGGCGCAACACAACAAAGAACUAGCUAAUUUGUUAAAAAUUGAUACUUACAACAAUAGCUCAAAUGGUAACAGUAGCAGUGGCAGUAGUAGCGUAACGGUUUCAUCGUCAAUCACGGCUAGUCCGUCGAAGGCAAAUGCUAAAACCAACCAAGCGUUGCUGUUCUAUCAAACCCACACGGCACAAAUUGAAAUCGUUCGACACGAUCGCACACUGGAACAGAUUGUAUUUCCCAUACCGGAAAUUUGCGAGUAUCUGACCAAGGAUACCAAGGUGCGCGUUCUGAAUACGGCAGAACGGGACGAUCAAGGGAGCAAGGUGGCAGAUUUCUUCGAUCGUCACGAAGCAAUGUUCAACGAAAUGAAAUGGCAGAAAAAACUGCGUGGCCAACCAGCCCUAUUCUGGGUCAGCAGUUAUAUGUCCCUGUGGAGUAACAUUCUGUUCAACAUGGCCGUGCUGAUGAAUCUGAUCGUUGCGUUCUGUUAUCCGUUCGAAAAUGGCGUGCCUGAACUUAGUUUUCACGUCUCUUCGCUUAUCUGGAUAGCGAUUCUGGCUUCGCUGGUGAUUGUGUUUAUACUGCCUGGACAGUCCGGUAUCCGGACCCUGGUUGUAGCUUUAAUACUGCGGUUAAUCUUUUCUUGCGGACCAGAACCGACUGUUUGGUUACUUGGCUGUGUGACGGUCAUCAUGAAAGGAGUACACAUCAUAAGUCUGAUGGGCAACUACGGAACACUGGAGAAACAUCUGUUCUCUAUUAUAACGGAUGCCGAGCUGCUGUAUCAUUUCGGCUAUCUGCUGUUUUGCGUGUUCGGAGUACUGCUGCAUCCAUUUUUCUUCUCUAUUCUGCUCUUCGAUGUGGUCUACCGGGAGGAAACCUUGCUGAACGUGAUACGAUCAGUGACCCGCAACGGUCGUUCGAUUAUACUGACGGCUGUCCUGGCUCUUAUUUUGGUUUACAUGUUCUCUAUCAUUGGUUACAUGUUCUUCCGGGAUGACUUCCUCGUUCCGGUGGAUCAAGAAAUAUCCGUAUCCGAAACGGGUGCUAUCGAUUGUGUGGCUCCAUCGCGUAGUAAAAUGCUUCGGGAUGAAGACCUCACUAGCGAAGAAGAGUACUGCUCACAGCUCACGCAGCAAACCGCUGAAGGAGGUGAGGAGAUGAAGGAACGAGGUUGUGACUCGAUGGUUAUGUGUAUCAUCACAACGCUCAACCAGGGUCUUCGAAAUGGUGGCGGAAUUGGUGACAUUCUGCGGGCUCCCAGUCUUAAGGAAACGCUUUUCGUUCCACGGGUGGUCUACGAUCUACUAUUCUUCUUCAUCGUCAUCAUUAUUGUGCUGAAUUUGAUCUUCGGUGUCAUCAUCGAUACCUUUGCCGAUCUGAGAAGUGAAAAGCAACAGAAGGAGUUGAUUCUCAAAAAUACCUGCUUUGUCUGCGGACUGAAUCGAUCAGCAUUCGAUAACAAAACCGUAAGCUUCGAGGAGCACAUAAAAAAUGAACAUAAUAUGUGGCACUAUCUGUACUUCAUUGUGUUGGUCAAGGUGAAGGAUCCGACUGAGUUUACCGGUCCAGAAAGUUAUGUGCAUGCGAUGGUUAAGGCAAAUAUUCAGGAUUGGUUUCCUCGAUUACGAGCCAUGUCGCUAGCAGCUGUUGACGGUGAUGGAGAACAGAUCGAACUGAGAAGUUUGAAAACACUGUUGGAAACAAAUCACGUAGCAGUGCGUGAGCUAACUGCUCAAAUAAUGGAACUGGAAAACAAGAUGACGGAGCAGCGAAAGCAACGUCAACGGCAUGCACUGUUGAAUCCGACCACUUCAGCGUCAUACCAAUUCUAUCCGCAACUGUGAUGUUCCACAUCUGAGCUUCUUUGGGAAAGAAUGUGAAGCCCAAAAAGUGUGUUGCACUGAUGACCUGAAUUGUGUGUACUUUUAACGUUAUGAUUAGUGAUAUAUUUAUCGAGAAAAAAAGCUUUGCAUGUUUUCGUAUAAAUGUUGGUAAUGUGAUCGAUCCGUACGUUAACUAUCUGUAGGAAGAAAACAAAAACUGUUGAAAAUUCUGUUUUUAGUAAGCUCAAAACUGUAAUGUUGAUAUAAUGAAUGAAUCAAAAAGCAUUCAAGUGAAUUAUUGUGCAGGAAUACAAUCUCAAUAAUACGCACUCGAAUUCCGUUAGCAAGCACAUUGAAAUGGCCUCUUGAUAGACAUGUUGCCUAAGUCUACACUCAGAAUCACGUGACGUUGAACUAAUAAUGAGAUUUUUUAUUGUUUGGUGUUAACCUUUCAAGUGGCAACUAAACACAGUUUGAGAUCCAGAGGCAGAAAACAUCAACAAAAGCAAGAAAGUAUAAAAAUAAAAACCAUCACUAGACUCAAUUACACAAUAACUUACCCAAACGUUCAGACUGUAUUUUACCAUCGAAACUUUUUUUCAAAUUUAUAGUAAACGUUCUUUUAUACAAUUUUCAAAUAAGCCUACAUCCAACGACAUUCUGCUCAGUCGAAUCAUAACUUGCAUUGAAAUAUUAUUCAUUAUACAUUCUAAAAAUAAUCGUCAGUUGAUUUUCUCUACAGAAUGUAAUUUACUAUGUUAUGGCACUUCAAAUCAGAGCUAAAAACAUCACGUCAAACAGAUGAUAUUGUUUUCUGGAUAUGUCUGGUUAGUGCUGUUAAUCACUACGAUAAAUGAAUUAAUGAAGCUGAAACUGAUCCACCAGAAAGUUAUACGACAUUUGCUUCUUUUGUUGUAAUACUAAAAAAAUAGCUCAUUUCGUAAGUACAUGAAAAGCCAUUUUGCAGAUGGGUUUAAUGAUUAACAGCACUUUUAGAAACACAGCCCUUAUUAUCAUAUCAAUUAGGAUCCUAUCCGUCGAAACCUAUUCAAAUCGCGUUAUACGAACAACAAUGUAGCAACCAUUUCUAAUAAGAAGAUAUAAACAGAUAAUGUCACGUUAGUUUGAUAGUUUACACAAAACACACCUACUUUUACAUAGUAUAUUAAGAAGAAGUCACAGCAGAUGUUGUUAUUGUUGGUAAUGUUCUGUGCUAUUGACGAGAGAGGAAAAUAAUAGUGAAACUAGGUAAAACUUAUUCAAAAUUCUCGUUCAUUAUAGGGUAGAACUUCUGAAGUUGAUUGUACGUAAACUAAAAAAUAAAAAAAAAGCUAUAUUUAAAAAAUUACUUCAAUAAUUUUUAUUUCAAAUAUAACACAUCACUUAAUAGGGCGUGUUUGCGAAAAAAUCUGGACAGAUUAAAUUUUGAAUAAACCAAAUUUAUUGUUAGUUCAAUUCAA